AUGAAGUUCACCGCCGCCACCAUUCUCGCCGCUGUCGGCCUCGUUGCCGCUCAGAUCGGAGAUAUUCCAGCGUGUGCCGCUACUUGCUUGGCCCAGGCAUUCAGUUCCAGCACCGCAUGCCAGCCCGGCGACUUCGCCUGCCUGUGCAAUCCCGCCACCUACCAGGCUCUCAUCACCUCUAUUACUCCCUGCGUCGUCAGCAGUUGUGGUGAAACCGUCGCAACCACCCAAGUUCGCCCUGCAGCUGACAGGCUCUGCGCUGCCGUUGCUGGAGGUGGCGGCGCCGCCUCCGGCAGCAGUGCUCCUUCAGCGGCUUCUGGAGCUUCUGCUGGUCCGGGAGCUACCGCCGCGGGAGCAGGCACCGGCGUCACUCAGGCUCCUGCUUCCUCUGCCGCCGGCCAGCGUACCACGAGAACCGUUGCUGUAACCAAUGUUGUCACUCGCAAUGGCAGUGUUAUUGCGACUGCUACAUCGACUGUCGUUCCUGUUACCGUCAACGGUGCUUCUGUUCAGGCACCUGUCGGUGUUCUGGCUAUGCUGGCUAUCGGUGCUCUCGCUGCUCUCUAG